UGCCCAUAUGGACACACAAUUUUCGUUCGAAAUCAACAACAGAAAAUAGCAAAGGCAUUGUGACGACGAAAUGUUUUACUUCGUUUACUGAGAAUUAUCUAAUUUCGUUUUAAAACACAAAACCCACAAAAAAUCUGUGAAAAUUGAAUGAGAAAUUACGCGAACCGUAGUGAAACGUUGUCGAAUGUGCACGGAUUAAGUUCGGUGAUAUGUCUGCGAUUCUGUCCAAUAUUUCUGCUGUUGUAAACGCCCCAGUCUCGAAAUUACUGGACGUUGAGGACACAGCAAACAGUUCAAUAUUGGAGUUUCUUUCGGCCGAGCAGCGAUGCCUGGACGAUAACAGUGAAGUGGACAUUGAGAGUUUGUUCGAAGAGAUCAAUCGGUUGAGCGGCGACGUGGAGCCAAACCGAAAUGGAGAAGACAUCGACAUGUUAAUUAAAGAGGCAGAAAUGCUGAUGACGAAACAGGAUGUGGGACGAAUGGACUUUUCGAUGACAGAAACGAAGAGCAAAGUUCUGGGUUCGAUUUUGUCCAAGGAAUCAACGCCACGAGAGAUGAAAAGUGGAGGAGAUCUGGACUGUGUGGAGUCGCAAAAGAUUGCAGAUACGACAACAGCCGCAUCAAAACUGCAAUUAAGUACGCGUCUGAUGGAAUCAAGUGACGAUGAUGCUGAUAGUGACACCCUGAAUAACGAUAAAUCGCCAUUGAAUACCUCUGUUUACUACGACGCCGAAUCCAGUCGAAAGUCGUCCUUUACCGCAAAUCGUAGGACUUCCAUUGAUUAUUCCCUAAAUUCAACCUUAAAUCGUCGACGUUCGCCGGAUAUCAAUACCGCUCGUAGCCGUGAAUCACCGAUACAACGCCAAAAUUCACCGUGUUUGCGAGAAAGUCGUCGGUCGCCAUGUUUGACGCCACCACCGAAUACGAAUCGCUUCGACAGACAUUUCGUCAACAAAUGCACAUCACCGUCUCCGCCUCGAUCCAUGAUAUCCAUGUCGACGUCAACGUCUUUCUGCCGUGAACGUAAUCUGGAAUCAGAAAUCGAAGUUUUGCAAGAAAAAUUGAAGGAUACCGAAGAGCGUCUGCAGAGUCUUCGCCUGCAAUACGAUUCGCUGACGCAAACUCAUCGGACGUUACGCGACAGCCAAAAUCACAGUUCUGAAGAAUCGGAGCGGCUUAAAAUUGACGUACAGCAUUUGAAUGAUUGCACCCAGCGGCUUAAGGCAGAACUUCAAACCGCUCGCAAUGACCGGGCCGAAGCUUUGGAACUGCAAAAGGUGCUGCAGAAAGAGUUAGACGAAAGUCGAGCUGAUAAGAAGAAAAUUGCCGAUCAAGGCGAUAAAGAUGCAAAAACCAUUCAAGACUUGCACCGUCAAUGCAAGGAGAUGGAACGAAUUUUGAUUAGAAAACAUCCAGAUUCCGUGUCAGCCCUAAUAGUUGCUUCGAAAAAUCCUAGCUGCACGGAUGAUAAGUCAGCCAGCCGACGUUUGCUCGAACAACGAAUCGCUCAACUCGAGGCAGACGCUAAAGACCAGGACGUUAAAGCGCAAAAAAUUUUGGCCAACGUUCAAUCGCGUUUCAACUCGGUGCAAAGCAAAUACGAACAACACAUCGGCGACCUGGAGACUCAAGUACUGAGUCUGCAAGAAAUAAACGCUCAACUGAACGAAACAAUCAUGGAACAAACGGAAACGAUGAAAUCCAAUCAACAGAAAGUGUUGACGAUCAAUCAGACAUUUGAUGUGCCCGAACGUGACACUGUCGAAAAGUUUUCGACCGCUUGUCAAACCGAUUUUAAGUUCCCAUCGACAAACACACCUGCCAAAAGCUUGCCGAUCAAAAAAUCGAAAUCGUCAUCCGAUUCGCUGCAAAUGAACGGUAAGGAUGAUCCCAAUUUGAUGGCAACGCUUCGUGGAAUGCGAAUCGAUCUGGCUAUAAAGGAGAAGGCCGUUCUACGUUUGACUAGAGAGCUGGACGAAUGCAAGAAAACCAUCAAGAAAUUGCAAAGGGAAAAGGAAUCCAAUAAGCCCGCAGCUUCAACAUCGAAAAAGGUCGGUGAUGGAUCACAGCCGACAGAAGCAGAUGUCAACGCUCUGAAAGAUUCACAGAAUCGAAUCAAAAUGCUGGAGUAUGACUACGGUAUUUUGCAUAAUAAGAGAUUAAAUGAUUUGAAAACACUUCAGUCGGCACAUGAACGGGAACUGGCCCAAUGUCAGGAAACUAUACGUCUUCUUCAACAGCGCUUAGCCGAACGAGAUGAAGCGUUUGCGAUGCAAAAAAGACGCAAAGUUCCCAUCGAUUAUUUUGCGCUGAAAGCAAAGGUAACAUCCCUGGAACGCCGACACACCGAACGCGAACAGCGUCUUCACAUGCUAGUGGAGAUGUUAAGCAAAGGACGUCUGAAUGGGUCAUUAGAUGCUUUGGUCAACAUGGAAAGCAAAGAGUCGUAGAGGUUCGCAAAAUAAUUACUGUAACCACCAUUAAAGGUCGUAGACGUGUUUAGUUUUGUGUUUCCUAUUAAGAUUUUAUCGAAGUGUUUUAUUAAGAACGAAUUGAUUUUUAGAGUGUAAAUUCCAGUAGUUGGAUCGUUUGAUCAUAUCGAUGUGGAUCAGCCGAUCGGUCAAUUAUUCCGUAGAUUAAAUUCAAAGAAAAAAUAAUAAUUUUAACUUAAAUUGAACGCGUGCAUGGAGGGUCAAUGAAGUUAAUAAA